UCGGCGGCGAAGGCGGAAAAGGCGGCGGCGGCCAUGAAGCGGCGGCGCGGGACGGAGCCGGGGCCCGAGCCGGAGCCCGAGCCCGAGCCCGAGCCGGAGCCGGAGCCGGAGCCGGAGCCGGAGCCGGGGCCGGGGCUGGAGCCGGGGCCGGAGCCGGAGCCGGAGCCGGAGCCGGGCUGCCUGCGAGCCUGGGCAGCCCACAGCCGGGCGCUGGUCGAGCGAUGGACGACGGCGCGGUGCGGCGGAGAGGCGCGGCAGGCGCGCCGGCAGCUGCGAGACGAGUGCCGGGAGCUGCUCCGGAGCAUCCGCGGGCUGCCAGCUGCCCUCCCUGCCCUGCCUCUGGAACUCACUGUCCUCUACAACUCCCUGCUUUUCACUGUGGGAGCAUCUGACUCUGCCAUCAAAGGAGAAGCAGAAGGAAUACACCUGGGGCUCCUCAGGGUUCUGGAGGCUUGUGGGGCCUGCGGACAGAAUCUUGGCACGGAGGAGCUGUGGGAGAAGGUGCUGCAGGAGGUAACCGUGGAGGAGCUACAGGCACCUCUGCACCGCCUCGGGGCCCUGCAAGCAGCCUGGUGGCUGGCAGCCAGCCAGCUGGGAAGUGUUGCUGGCCUUUUCCAGCUCCUGAGCACUGCUGAGGACCCGGGAAGAGCUCACUGCAGUGUGGGGCAGAACGAGCUCCUCUCCAUGAUCAAGGCAUGGCGGGUUCCUCCUGAGGGGCCCUCCCUGCCCCUUGUACAAAGUGCCAGGGACUUGAAGGAAAUCCUCUGCACUGCAGCAACAUUCCUGCAAGGGCUGCAGGAGCUGGAGGCUGGGAACUUCCCCACCGCCCUUUCCCUCCUUCAGGAAGCUGCAGGAGGAUUCUGCUCCAAGAAUAUCCUGGCCCAGAUCUACACCUGCCUGGGCUGCUGUGCUCAGCGAAUGGGCAAGCCUCACACAGCCCUUCAGCACCUGAAACAGGCCCUCCAGGUAGAUUUCCAGUGCCUUCCUGCCCUGUCCCACGUGGCAGCAGUGUACCAUCACCUGGGAGAGACCGAUGCAGAGCGGCAGGCCCUGACCCUACUCUAUGAGGCUCUGGGAAAAAGCCCUCCAGGAGCUGCUUCCUCUAGUCCCUGUUUCAUAAUGCGAACAGAGCUGCUUGUCCACACACCAGUACUCACUUCUCUCCUUCGCCAUGGCCACCCCUCUGAAGUGAAGUACCUUCUGGCACAGCGGUGUCUCCAGGAUGGGAGGGUGGGUGAUGCAGUGGAACAUUACCUGGAUUUUCUGUCUCUCCUUCAGGAGGGGCUGCAGCAGCAAGUGCCCCUGGAUGGUAGCUCAGUUCUGCCCAGGAUCCCAGAGGUGUUCCUGGAAGCGGCAUCUGCCUUGGAGCAGGUUGGGAGGCACCAGGAUGCCAUAACUGUGUGUGAGGAGGUCAUCAGCCGGACAACUGACCUCAUUCCACGGGUGUUACGAGUGGAGGAGAGGCUGGAGCAGCUGGACUCCUCAUUGCCAGGGGCAGAACUGGCAGGUGGACUCCUGUCCCAGAAGAAGGAGAGCCUGUGCUGCCUUGCCUGGAGAGCAGCUGGAUACCUUCACCAGGGCUGGGCAUGGGCCAAGCUGGGCAAGAGCAAGGAAGCUGUAACACAGUUCAGCAGGUGCCUCAGUGAUCUCCUGCGUGUCCAGUUUCAUGGGUCUGGUGCCAAAAGCACAGAGAACCUCCAGCCAGAAGUGGAGGUGCUCCAGAAGAUCAGGUUGCUCUCUCUCAUUGGGCGAGGUAUGCAGUUCCUGGAACUGGGGAGGAACAAAGAAGCCCUGUUGGAUUUCCAGUACAGUUUGCAGAUCUCACCAGGUGACCCAGCUGCUGCCUCCUACCUGGUGCAGGCCUUGUGGAAGCUGAACCGGAAGCAGGAGGCAGCUGCUCAGUGGCAGAAAUUCUUCCAGAGCUCCCCUGGAGAGAAUGGGCAGCAGCAAGGGCAGGGAAGGCCCCUCCCUUUGUACCUGGUUUCAUGUCAGGAGCAGGCAGUGUUCCCUCACAGUGAACCUCUUGCCAGAAGCAUACAGGAUUACCUCGGGGCAGCAGCCCAGGACACCCCAAGCUGACCUGGUCAUGCCCCCCCAUACCCAUCUGCUGAGGUCUCCCUGCACUUGGCUGGCACAGGGCCUUUAAGAACUCCUUCAAGACUCAGAAUUACUCUGUGAUGAAGCUGGAUUCCCAAAGGACUGUAACAGAAUAGAUUUCCUUUUUUAAUAAAAAACUCAGCUCUGUUUA